AUGGAGCUCGAUCCCCAGCUGCGGGCCUCUCGAGAUGGGGACACACGACGGUCGUCAUAUAUGCCCUCCCGACCACUGGUGAAUCCAGUGCCUGGAUACCCCGCUCCACCUCAGUAUUUCCCCCCGGGCGGGCACCAGGCUCGCGACACAUCAGCAUUGGAGCCGGGACCCACUUAUGCCGACCCAUCAUCUGAUCCCGAAAACCCUCUUGCAGACUUGAAGCGGGCCCGCGCUUGUGAGCCCUGUCGGCAAUUAAAGGUGCGGUGCGACCCUGACCCAGAUCACCCGGACGGGUCAUGUAAACGCUGCGCUAAAGCCCGCCGGACCUGCUUCGUCACGGCUCCAACCCGCAAGCGCCAGAAAAAGACGGACAGCCGGGUUGCCGAACUAGAACGGAAAAUCGAUGCUUUGACAGCUACGUUGCAGGCCUCGCACAGCAAUGCGCUGUUCUCUGCAGCACCUCCAGCAGACCCGCCGCCGUCUCAACCUCAACCGCACGACCAACAUACUAGUCGGCGGUGGUUGAAGGAAGACUCUCAACAGGCAGGAACUAAACGCCAGCACGGCGGACAGGCGAAGGUGCCUCCUCAGAAUCUUUUGGGACCGCAGUAUUCUCGACCGGGCAGUCCGUCGGUGGAGCAGCUCCAUGACCGCCGACCUCCCCACCACUGGCGCGGCCCCUACUCCGGCGCGAUUGAACCGCCGAAGACUGAUGCAGGCAAUGAAUUUGUGGACGUGAUUGACAGAGGUAUUAUAGAUAUAGAAACCGCGGUGGCGGCAUUCAACCGCUUCGUCAACCAAAUGGCGGAAGAAAUGCCUGUCGUCAUGCUUCAUCCCGAAACCAAAAUGGGUGACGUCCGCCGCGAGAAACCAGCCUUGUUCCUUGCAAUCACCGCAGCUGGAGUUGGGGUUUUCAACCCCAACCUUCAACUUAGCUUGUUUGGGGAGCUUUAUCGACUGAUCGGCGACCGCGUGGUGGUCAAAGGCGAGAAGUCACUGGACCUCCUCCAAGCAAUACUGGUCGGUACACUUUGGUACCUGCCGCCAGAUAACUUUGAUGAGAUCAAGUUCUGGCAGCUGAUCCAUAUGGCCGUCGCUCUAGCCAUGGAUCUUGGCCUAAACCGCCGCACCUUGACAAACAAGCGACCCUUUACGUUGGUUCGCGAUCUGAUGAUGAAAAAGCCGGCGGUCAUAUCGUUUGAUCCAGAUGGACCGGAAGCUAGACGGGCAUGGAUAGGCUGUUAUUUUCUGGCGGUCCAGGCUGCGACCGCUCUGAGGCGAGUGCUUUUGGUUAGAUGGCAGCCUUACAACGACGAAUGUCUUGAAAUUCUAGAAAACCAUCCCGACGCUUUGCCUUCAGACCGGAAGCUGGUAUGGUGGGCUAAGCUUGGGCUCAUCAUGGAAGAGGUCGGUGUGCACUUUUCUACCGAUUACCCAGGAUCAAUCAUCACGUUUGCGGAUAGUAAACUUCGGUAUACGAUGAAAGCGCUCGAGAAUGAACUGUUCCAAUGGAGGAGGGAUAUCCCUGAAGAGCUCUACACUGAAACCCUGGCCAACACUGAGCACACCGUGAAUCUUUUUAUGCACGAACCUGCCAUGAGCGUCGACUGCAAUACCACCACUGAUGCCGAUUCACCUUCGAGCGACAGCUUGGCCGGCCCAGCAGUAUCAGCCAUCAUCGAUGGGUUGACCACGUGCAUCUCGUCUAUCCACAAGGCCUUGGAUAGCAUGUGCACUGUUGAAAUAGAUCGCCUUUUGUGUCUCCCAACCAUGUGGUUAGGUCGAACAUCGUACGCCAUGGUCAGCCUGAUCAAGAUUUACUCCCACCUGACGCCCGAAUGCCGCAUUGGGCAGAUCAUCGAUGUGGAGAGCCUGAAGAUCGAAUACUACAUGGAUAAGGUUAUUAGCCACUACCGGACUGGCGCAGCCCGCGAUGGUGGUCGUGCGGUAGCCAAGUUCGGCAAUAUUUUGGUGCUGCUGCGCAACUGGUUUAUCAAAAAGAAGGACCAAGGGCAGGCGUUGAAAGACGUAUUUGCGGACCCGCGCGAGGCGGUGCCGUGUGGUCCCCCAUUGAUGAAGCCUGGCACGACACCACUCCAUCUCCUCAGUGAAAUUGCCACCGGUGAACCAACGAACCGGGCUUCCUCCAGCGGUCACGCGCCUAAUCAGGCCUCGGGGCCCGAAUAUACUUCGUCUACGGAGCCUAGCUCAAACCGAGGCGUCGGCGCGACCCCAACAACAAGGACUAAUAGUUACGGCGCCCCGGACACGCCAAACAGCACGGCUGGCCACAAAGCUGCAGAUACACAAACUAGCUGGGCUUCCGACCCAUCUGCUAAUUUCCCUUCCUCAUUCCCGGGGCCCUUGGAGAUGGGCAACCGAGGAUACUACCAGUCUUUUAAUGCGGCGGAUCCGUCGCAGCCCUACCCAGAUUUGGCGGCGUCAUCAAACAUUCCAACGCAGACACAACAAACCUACCCUGACAUGUCGAGCACAGCCAGCAUGCAGCUUUCCCAGCCGAUGGGAGUGGUACCUGAAAUGGGAACCGAGACUGUUUUUGAUCCAGAUAAUGUGUUUUUGUUUGGGAGUAUGAUGGACGAAGGGCUAUUUUCGUUUCCGAUGUCCUUCGGCGGCAACUUUGGGUUUUAA